CGUGCGCGAGCGGCGCCUCAGAAGGCCAGCGGCCGCGCAGGUAGCGUGAUGCUGGCGCCGCGCCACCACCAGACGCACGUCGCCGCCGCCGCCGCUGCGGCCGCCGCCGUCUCCAGGACGACGCAGUACAAGAAGGUGACGAAGCCAUUGCUGGAACGUAAGAGAAGGGCUAGAAUCAACAGGUGCCUGGACGAGUUGAAGGAGCUGAUGAUGGGUGCUUUGGAGGCGGAGGGCGAGAACGUGAGCAAGCUGGAGAAGGCGGAUAUCCUGGAGCUGACGGUGCGCCACUUGCAGCGGCUGUCGCAGUCGGAGGGCGGUGGCUCCUGCUGGCAGUCUCCUCGCUUCCAGGCGGGGUUCAGCCAGUGCGCGACGGAGGCGUGCCAGUUCCUGGUGUCGCUGCCCGGGCUGGACGCGCGGCUGUCGGCGCGGCUGGUGUCGCACCUGUCGCGUUGCGCGCCGCCCACCGCCGCCCCCGCCGCCCCCACCGCCCCCCUGAGCGUGCAGGUGCCGGCGCCGCCACGUUCCGGUGCCUUCUCGCCGCCCGUGUCGCCCUGCGCGCUCACCGCGCCCUCCUCCGCCACCGCCGCCCCCACCGCCGACCACCGACCCGCCGACCACUACGCGGCCGCCCCCGAGACUGCGUCGCCUCCGCCGCCUACCGCGGCUGCAGCCUCCCCCGCGUCGCUGUCCUCCACCCCCAGCGCCAGCGACUUGGCCAAGCCGGUGGCCGGACUGCUGAUGACGGUGCCCGAGGCGGCGCACCAGCCGCCGGGAAGCAUGUGGAGGCCCUGGUGAGCGACGCUGCCACUCUUGGACCUUCUCUGCCUCUCACCGGGAAUGUGCCUUUGAGGCUUGUGAAUAUGUCGUCAUUAUUCCGAGUCACCUGGAUGUACAAGCUAGGGUGAAUUCCAACUGUUGAAGACGUUCUGGGCGAAUUCGCCGAGACAUAAAUUCAUGUAUUGCAAUGGGGACCUAGAAACGACGGAGAGGCUCCGUCCCCGCCGCAGCCGCAGCGGUUCACAGCUCCACGACGACUACCGCAGUCCACUUCACCCCUCCGCCGCCCCACACCGAACCCAGGGUUACUGUGCGGUUCGGCCCCCGGUGGACCCCCAGGGAACGUCUCACACCAAACUGGUGUAGCCCUGUGUGUGCGUGGUAAUCGUGGUGUACGCGUACGUGGAGAAUUUGUUUGGGCAGCAAUCGCCCAAAUAGUAUAACUGAGGCAGAAUAAGGGGAACCAGCCCGCAUUCGCCGAGGCAGAUGGAAAACCGCCUAAAAACCAUCCACAGACUGGCCGGCUCACCGGACCUCGACACAAAUUCACCGGACGGAUUCGUGCCGGGGACCGGGCGCUCCUUCCCGCCCGGAAAGCCGUGCGUUAGACCGCAUGGCCAACCGGGCGGUCUUAAAUUCAUGUACAAGCAAGUUCAUCAGAAUCUGGUAGCUUAUCCUCUCGAAAUCUCGUAUAUACACACACCUUGUCUUCCCCAGUAGCAGUGAACCUAUAUUCUACUGAACUGUCCACGGAACGUGGAUGCAACUAGAGUCUCAUAAACUGAUUACCGAAUGUGACAUUACACGAAGUAUCGGCUAUUCUGACAAUGACGCAAGUUUUUCAAAUUUCUUGUUGUGCAACUGACAUCUUAUAUAGAGUGAUUCAAAAGUCCGUUAACAUUUGGAAAAUGAAUAUUACACGGAAUAAUUUGGUCAGAGACAUAAAAUCUACAUCCACAUCUACAUAUGCCAUAUACUCCGCUAGUCACCAAGCGGCGUGUGGCGGAGAGUACCAUUCGCGCUUAAGUCAUAUCCCGCCCCCCCCCCCCCCACCCCCCCACCCUCCCGCCCGCCCGCGUUCCGCUCCCGGAUCGCGCGAGGGAAAAAAGACUCUCUGAACGCCUCAGUACGAGCUCUAAUUUCCCUUAUCUUUGAAUGGUGAUCAUUGCCCGAUUUGAAAGUUGGUGGUAAUAAUAUAUGCUCUACACCCUCGGCGAAGAUAGGAUUCCGGAAUUUAGUGAGCAGCCCCCAUCUGCGUCGUCUAUCUGCAAGUGUGUCCCACUUCAAAAUUUCGGUGAGGUAUGUAACGCUCUCGCGAUGGCUAAAUGUACCGGUCACGAAUCAUGCGGGUCUUCUUUGGACCUUCUCAAUCUCUUGAAUCAGACCCCACUGGUAAGGGCCCCAUACAGACGAACAGUACUCUAAGACUGGACGAACUAACGUAUUGUAAGCAAUUCCCUUUGUUGACGGACUGCAUCGCUUCAGGAUUCCACCAAUAAACCGCAAUCUAGAGUUCGUCUUGCCGGUCACCACUUGCUUGAAAUGACAUGGGGUUUUAUUGAAACCAAAAAAGUACACGAAGUGACCAACAGAUGGCGCUUCACAUGAUACAAAAGCAAAAAUUUAUAUAACGAUUUUUAGAAAAGACGAUGCUCAUUAUAACGAGUGGUCAGUUUGUCGGCCACACUCAUCAACAAUACUCGUAGUCGAGGGACAAUAUUGUCAUAGCGCCGCACAGCAUAGCAAUAAGUACCGGGGGAAACUGCCAUCGGAUGUAGUCUUUCGGCAUCGCUAACGAGGUCGGACGAUUGCGCAGACUUGUGAGUUCAGGCAACCCGCAGUUACGCACAUUAACGUCUGGCGACUUGGGUGGCCAAACAUGAAGGAACUGGCGAGAAGCACGGCAUCCUCACCAAACGAUGUGCGCAAGAGAUCUCUCACAAUAUGGGGUGAAGCGCCGUCUCACAUAAAAGUCGUACCUUGCAGCAGGUGUUUAUCUGCCAGGCCUACCAGGCUAGGAGUGAUGCGAUUCUGUAACAUACCGGUGUACCUCGCACCUACCGCGUGUCACUGAUGUUUGCUGUCCAGUGCCAUCUAUUGACCACUUUUGUACUCGUCUUUGGUUUCAAUGAAACCCCAUGUCAUUUCAGGUAUCUUUUCCAAGUUUUUCCUGUCUACCCACAUUAUUCCGUGAAUUAGUGUAUUUUCAAAUGUUAACAUACUUUUGGGUCACAUUGUAAUUUAACAAGGGUCAGUAACCUGUAACAAAGACUAUUAUGGUACAGAAAAACUCAGCGUUCCUAGUUAAACGUACCGAAAACAAUGUCUGAAGCAUGACACAUCACAUAUAUAGGGUGUUCUCCUUGGUACGACCACCAUAUAACUACCAAUGCAGUUGUGAUACAUCUUACCAGCAACUGCGAAGUCCAACCGUCGGAGGUGGUAUGAGCAUCAUGAAGAUAGAGAUUUAUAAGUGUUCCCAUCUUGAAACUUAUUUUAUACCCAUAGGGUAAAUUUACAAACAUGGGUUCCUUAUCAACAUUUUAUUUAUCAUUUCCCCUCUACAACCACUAGGCAUAACAUAACACCCUCCACAGCCCCUCUAUUUAACCUUUACACCAAGUGAGGUGGCAAAGUGGAUCAGUACUAUUCGUCCAUGGACAAAACGUAGUGUUCAUUCAUGGCAGCAUGUGCAUAACGAUCUUAAAGUUUUUUUAUUGUUUUCAUGGCAGUGAAUAUUACUUAGAUAGAUUCACUAGAAAUACAGAAGUCUCUACAAGACUAUAUACAUACUUUUGUGGAGUACACACUAUUAUUUUUCUAGAGAUCAUCGAUGGUGGUAAUGACACUGACCAUACUAAAUACCACAAGAAAGAUUUCAUUUUCAUUGAUGUGACAGAAUUCCUUACAAACUUCAUGUGACUCUGAACAUCUUGGAAUAAUGUAGAGUGAGUUCAUAAGUGAUUAGGUUUUGGUAAUAUCUUGCCCCAAGAUUUUUGUUACAGUUUACUUGAAGUAUCAGCUUCUGUAUUAAUAGUAUAGGAUGUGAGAUAACUGCUCUUACUGUUGCACAAAGGAAAAAUGCAGGCAUGCACACUUGUAUGCCUCUCUGAAACAAAACUUUCACUCUAUCUAAUUUGGAUGUUAUGAUGACAUCAAGGUAAUAAAGCCAUAUUUUGUGAUCCCUAUUGUUAGAUUGUGUCCCUAAUUGAAUUUUGUUACUAUGUGGCAAAUAAGACUCCAAAACUGCAGGAAUAUUCAAAUGAAAAGUUAUAUAGUUAAGGUGUUAAAGUUAUCUUGUUUUUAAAGUUAAUAUUUUCUACAGUUGUAUAUAUCUAUAUAAUAACAAAGCAUUUUUAGGAAAUAACAUUAACUAGUAAAGAUUUAUUUUUAUAAAAUUUAAUUGUAAAUAUGAUAUCUAUGUUUUAGCUUAAAGAUUAUUAAACACUCAGCAUUUUACAUGAUCUCAUAUAAACUAUUGAAAAACCUGAGGAUUUUUCUGAAUUUUAAUAGCGACAGCUGCUACAACUGUUACAUUUUAUUUAUUUACAUAUGUUGAAAAUCUCUAUCUCUCAAAACAAUUAUUACAUAGUUUUAUUAACUGGUUGUUGUUAGAGAAAGAUAAAGAGGGUAAAUUAUAGUUAAGUAAUGUUCUAAUGUUAUUGUUAUACAGAAUUUGACUGAUUGUAGGUUAAGUGUAUUAAAAUUUUCUAUCAAUAAUAAUUUUCUGAUUUUAAUUGCCAUAGUCUUUCAUAUGAAUAAAGAAACAAUAUUAAUUUAUCUUAAAUUUUAAGUUUGUUAUUUGUAUUUCAUAAUAAAAAUUUAUAUUAGUAAUUAUU